CAUACAAUUCCUCUCUUCAAAGGGCAAAAUCGGCAUAUAAAAAUCCACUUUUUUAAGGGAAAAAUAGAAAGAAAAAAAAAGAAAUUGGCUUAUGUAUUAAAAUUUUCUAUUGAGUUGAAAUUUAUUUAUUUUUGUUUGAAAUCGAUCUGCUGAGCUGGGUUUCCUGGGCUCCGUUUUCUCUGUUAAGGAGUAGCAGAACUGGUAGAUGGGUACAUCGUCUGGCUCUGACAUCCAUCACCACCCAUCAUCAAAAAUGUUGCCCCCACGCCAGCAGCCUCGUCCUGGAGGUUUGCAAACCUCAUUAUCCCUUGUCUCUUCGGAUGCCCGACUGUCCCCUGAGGAACCCAGAUCAAAUUCUGAUCAAAUUCGUGAGUCCCCAACUGAAAGUGCCAGUUCUCGUGAUACGUGGCCCACUGCUGAUUUAGUUACGGCAAAGAAGAUGGAGAAUGGAAAAGCAGAAAAUGAUUGCCCAGAACAGUCAGUCAUUCGCCGUGUUUCGAGUGCAGAUAAGAUAACUCUUCGGGACAUAGCAAGUGAUAGGGUUGACAUAAUAUCUGAUAAGAUGCAUCAUCUGCCUGAUGAGUUUCUAGAAGAAGUAAAGAACAAUCUCCGAGUUAUCCUUGAUGGGAAUGGUGGCUCUCAGCAUAGAGAGGAAUUUUUUAAUUUGCAGAAGCAUGUUCAAAGUAGGUCUGAUUUAACAGCUAAGACAUUAAUUAGAGCACACAGGGUACAACUUGAAAUCCUAGUUGCAAUAAACACUGGGAUUCUAGCAUUUUUGCAUCCAAAUGUCAGUCUUUCUCAGACCGCUCUCAUUGAAAUUUUUGUUUAUAAAAGAUGCCGAAACAUAGCAUGCCAAAACCAGCUCCCGGCUGAUGAAUGUACCUGUGAAAUUUGUACCAACAGAAACGGCUUCUGUAAUCUUUGCAUGUGUGCAAUCUGUAACAAGUUUGAUUUUGAGGUGAAUACUUGUCGUUGGAUUGGCUGUGAUCUAUGUUCUCACUGGACCCACACGGACUGUGCUAUUCGUGAUGGACAAAUAUGCAUGGGUCCUGUUAAAAAUGGGGCAGGCCCAACUGAAAUGCUCUUCAGAUGCCGAGCUUGUAAUCGGACAUCAGAGCUGUUAGGUUGGGUCAAAGAUGUUUUUCAACACUGUGCACCUGCUUGGGAACGUGAUGCUCUAACCAGGGAACUUGACUUUGUAAGUAGAAUCUUUCAUGGAAGCGAAGACCCUCGAGGACAGAAACUCUUUUGGAAGUGUGAGGAACUUAAAGGGAAACUAAAGAAUGGUCAUGUGGAUUCAACAGCAGCUUGCCAUGCCAUAUUGAUGUUUUUCCAAGAGCUUGAAGUGGACUCCCCAAAGAGCUUGGAAAAUGGGGAAGGUGGACGGUUGAUAGCCCCUCAGGAAGCUUGUAAUCGAAUUGCGGAAGUGGUGCAGGAGGCCAUAAGAAAGAUGGAAAUGGUUGCUGAGGAGAAGAUGCGAAUGUAUAAGAAAGCACGUUCGGCAGUUGAGGCUUGUGACCGCGAACUCCAGGACAAGGCUAAGGAAGUUGCAGAGCUAAAAUUGGAGAGGCAAAAUAAGAAGCUGCAAAUUGAAGAGCUAGAGAAAAUUGUAAGGCUUAAGCACGCAGAAGCUGAUAUGUUCCAGCACAAGGCAAAUGAGGCAAAGCGGGAAGCUGAGAGGCUCCAGAGGAUUGCUCUUGCAAAGUCGGACAAAUCAGAGGAAGAAUAUGCUACCAGUUACCUUAAACAACGCAUGAGUGAGGCAGAAGCUGAGAAACAGUAUCUGUUGGAGAAGAUGAAGCUUCAAGAGAGCUCUCGAACAUCUCAAAGCAGCGCUGGUGGAGGUGACCCUUCUCAGAUGAUUAUGUAUUCCAAAAUGCACGAUCUUCUAUACAGUGGCGCUCCAAAGUCGGAGUCUCUCUCAAACGAACGCCAUCCAUUCAGGAAGAAUCCCUGAGGACUCUUUUCUAGUACUGUAUGUAUUUAAUUUAACUAAGUGGAUGUUAAACUAAUGUUAAGGAAAUGCGAUAUUACUUCAUGACGAUUGUCAAAUAUUACUCGUCUCUGAUGUUGAGUGACAUUAAUUUGUAUUUUGUAAUUCUAAUCUUUGCUUAUUUUUCGUAGUAUGUAUGUGGACAUGGAUUUUCAUGGUAUAAGUUGAGCUUAACCUUGAGGCCUA